AUGGCGAAAUUAGCAGUGUUUGAUUUUGAUCAUACGAUCGUGGAUGAAGAUUCAGAUGCAACAAUCAUAACAAGACUGAGAGAAAAAAGGCCUCCACCGGAAUAUGAUUCCGGGACCCGGGAUUGGACACCGUAUAUGAGCGAUGUAUUCGAGCACGCGUUCUCCGCUGGCUUCCACCCAUCAGACAUCUUGGACAGCAUCGCAAGUAUGCCACCGACUCCUGGCAUGCGGGAGCUGAUCACCACAUUGGCAGAGCAGGGCUGGGACGUCGCAAUACUAACAGAUGCUAACACAGUCUUCGUGAAUCAUUGGAUAAAGACAAAUGAGUUGCAGGACGCGAUAACAACAAUAAUUACAAAUCGCGCUUUCUGGCAAAAUGAUCGGCUGUUCAUAGAGCCAUGCAUGCGUCAAACAUCUUGCCGUCUCUGUCCCUCGAACCUAUGUAAAUCGAUUGCGCUGGCGCAGCUUUGUAAGAACAAGAACUACACGCGUAUUGUGUACAGUGGGGAUGGGCGGAACGACUUCUGUCCGUCAACGAAAUUGCUUAGCAAUGGAACAGUAUUCCCGCGAAAAGGAUACCCUCUCGACGAGUUAAUAAAAAAGACUCUUGCAACACCGGAACCACAGAUUAAGGCCAAAGUCGUCCCGUGGAUUGACGCUUACACGAUUAUCAAUGAAUUGUUUCCGAAAUAA